GAGUAACAAAUCAGGAAUUUCCCUCCUGCCACUCCUGAGAGCGCUAGAGAGGACAAAAGUUAGGGAUUAAGCGCAGCUCCUCAGAGGGGAAAAAGCGGAAGGCAGCUCAUUUAUCCUUACUUUAUGUCAAGAUUACCACCAAUCAGCUCGUUUCCAAAUGCGUUGCGGAUAAAGUGUUGGAAAAAAGUUGUUGUACUUUAAUCACGACUCUGGAUGCAUCAGCUCUACAUGCUGGAUUGUUUUUAGAAACUUAGGAAGGAAUAACGGUUCACUCCAGGAGAAUUGUGUCUCUCGAGAUCAUUUGCAAGUUUCGUUUUGAGGACUCUUUUCAGCUGUUCGCUUUGGAUAUGUGUCGUUGUUGGUCACUUUUCUCACUGCUGAGUCUCUGGAUGGCGUAGGUGGCGGCAAGAGUUUCAAAUCACCUUUUUGGACAAGGAUAUCGGAACUUUUAAAUGCAACUGAUCCAGGAUACUGUGCGUAAAACAUAUCGGAGUGCUUAAAAGUCAGCAAAUAGCAAUCAUUGGAACUUUUCUGAGCGGGGACAUGCGGAGUAAAAACGGUGUCUAGAAGGAUGCUGCUGCUUGUACAAUGGAAGUGAAGAACUGUUUUGCUGUUGUUGCGGUGGUUUGUCUCUUCUUUUGCUCCAGUUUUAGCCAAGAACUCAACCCAAAAGGCAGGAAUGUGUGCAAGACACCCGGAUCAUCAGGAUUUGUGUGCUGCAGUGGAUGGGGGCAGCUAGGGGAUGAAUGCCUGACACCUCUCUGUGAAGGCAAUUUCACCUGCAAAGAGAAUGAGGUGUGUGUCAGGCCCAAUGAAUGUCGCUGCCGUCAUGGAUACUUUGGAGCUAACUGUGAAACCAAGUGCCCUGCCCAGUUCUGGGGUCCUGACUGCAAAGGGAAAUGCAACUGUCACCCCAACGGCCAUUGUCAUGAUAUUACCGGCCAGUGUACCUGCAACCACAACCGUUGGGGACCUAACUGUGAGAAUGCAUGCAUGUGCCAAAAGGGCAAUUGUGACCAGGAGACGGGUAAAUGCACAUGCAACCCUGGCGCCUGGGGCCCCCAGUGCAACAACAACUGCUACUGCAGCAUCAACUCCAUCUGUGAUGCCAUAAACGGUCGAUGCAUGUGCAACCCAGGAUGGACGGGGAGGAACUGUGCAAUCCAGUGCAACUGUAACAACUCGCCGUGCGACCAGUUCACAGGACGCUGCCAGUGCCGGCAGAGCCUGUGGGGCCCGCGCUGUGAACGAUACUGCCAGUGCGUCCACGGCAAGUGUAACCAGGCGGACGGCUCGUGUACCUGCACACCAGGGUACCGUGGGAAGUUCUGCAGGGAGCCGUGUCCUGCGGGGUUCUACGGUCAGAACUGCAGGAACAGGUGUGGGCACUGUAAGGGCCAGCAGCCCUGUAAGGUGACAGAGGGACGCUGCAUCACCUGUGACAGAGGCUGGAACGGGACACGGUGUGACCAGCUCUGCUCCAAAGGCUUUUUCGGCGAGAACUGCCAGGAGGUGUGUCCCACCUGCAAAGACGGACACCACUGCGACCCCAUCCAGGGCAAGUGCUCUCACUGUAACCCCGGCUGGAUUGGGGACAGGUGCGAGGUGCGCUGCCCCAAUGGCACGUAUGGCGAGAACUGCGAGAACAACUGCAGUCACUGCUUCAAGGGCAUCUGUCAUGUUGUCACCGGAGAGUGCCUGUGUGACCCGGGGAUUUACGGCACCUUCUGCAAUAUGACCUGCCAACCUGGCCAGUAUGGAGUGAACUGCAACCAAACCUGCUCCUGCAAUGACAAAAACUGUGAUCCUGUGACUGGUGCUUGCCAUCUCCAGCCCAACCAGCGGAUGGGUGUGAUUGCGGCUGGAACCCUGGUCUCCUUUCUGCUGAUUGUCCUGCUCUCGCUGCUGUGCUGCUGCUGCCUCUGUCGACACAAAGACGACCACAACAAAAAAGCAAAGCGGAUCCUGUGUGGACGAUUCAGCCGAAUCAGCACUAAACUUCCCCGUAUUCCACUGAGGCGACAGAAACUGCCCAAAGUAGUCGUAGCCCACCACGACCCAGAGAACACCUUCAACUGCAGCUUCAUUGAGCCCCCGUCUGUGGCCGAGCAGCCCCCACCCUCCUCCUGGUCAUCCCAGGAGUCUUUCUCUUCCUUUGAGAGCGGAGACGAGGGGCCAGUUUACUGUGUGCCCCAUGAAGACUCAGUGAAUGACAGCAAAGAGAAGCAAAGCCCCAGCCCAGCAGCAGAGAAGCAGGAAGCUGAACUGACUGAGGAGGAUGCAGGAGAGUACACCUCCCUGAAAGACACAAGUGUCACAAAACCAGAGGGCAGCGAGCAGCCCUUACUCAAGUCCUCUGAUAGUGAAGGCUCUACCAGUGGCUCUGAGUCCACUACUGCAGCCCUCUACGCCCGCAUUGCGCGCCUCUCCAAGCAGUCCAAGGAGGAUGAUGGUAGCGGCAAGGAUGGGGAUGGCACUCCAACACCAGAGGCUAAGCGAAAUGGAAGGCCACCACCUUCACCUGGCAAGCCAAAACCACGACCACCAGACCCCUCCACUAAGCCAAAGGUUUCAUGGAUACAUGGAAAUACUACAGGGUCUCCCCAGCCAGAACAGCAGGGGCACGGGGGAAUGAAGGCACUUGCUGUGCCAAAGGAGAAAAAGAGGAGCUCCAGCGAUGGCUCAUCCAAGAGCGAGGAGCGGCAGAAAAUGAAGCAACAAAAGAAACAGGAGGCUAAAGAGGCAGAAGUCAACGGCUCUCCUGACAAACACAAAGCUCUGCGAGGAAAGAAGUCUGGGGAAGAGAACAGCAGUCCCAGUCACAUGGAGCAUAUCAAUGGUGUCGUACAAAAUGCCCUCAAGAAGAUCAGCAACUUCCACAGCUCUUCAACAGAGAAGAAGAGUGCUGAGAUUCCAAAGGAGACCCCAAAAGAGCCACCAAAGAGCCCAAAAGUCAUCCACCCUCACAUGAACUCUGAGGCUGCCACACUCUUGGCUGCUCAGCUCAAAGAGAAAACCCAAAGCAUCAACAGAAAUGAGGGCACAGGUCUGACAAAGACCAAUGGUCUCUCCACACCGAAGGGAAACCGGGAGAAGCCAACACCUCCACAGAAAGCCAAGAGGACACCCUCUGGUGGAUAUAGUCAGCCGGGCUCUAAUAAGCCUCUUCUGCCCACCUCAAGCAGCCUUCAGAAGAUGGUGACGCCAGUCACCACCGACCACGGGACCCCUGACGCUAAGAGCCCAGAGAAGCAGGACUUGAACGGCUCAAAGGCAGGGGACUCAUCGUUGGAUCCUACACCAAAGAAGACUCCCAUAAAAAAGCCACCCAGGAAGAAAGGCAAGGAAGGUAUUUUGGAAACGUCUGAAAGUAAAACACCCCAGCAAAAGACGGCCAUUAUGCCACCACAGGUAGUGAAAUAAACGUUGAAACACAAAAGGCCAAAGAUUUUUGAUAGAUUUCAAAGAGACUUAAAUGGAUUUGUUGGAAAGUGAACCAAACAUUUUUUCAACCAAGGAAUUUGAGCAUUUUUCUGUAUGCGUGUGCCAUGACUCCAGGACCAGUCAAGAGUGAGAAUAUUUUUAAAUGAGCGCAGUUGAGUCGUAUUGGUGAGUUCUGUUAUCAUGACCUCUAUACACCGUUGUAUUUCCGUCAAGAUUUAUUUCCUUUUAUAACGACUAUUUACCAAUCUCACACCACCAACCUGUGGCCAAGCAGGUCACACCUGUGAGAGCAGCGGUGCACAGACAUUUCUAUAGUUUAUUCAUCUCUAUUCAUCCACCACUAUAUUUAUAUAUGAAAUGCUUUUACGGUUGCAGAAUUGUAAUUUUCUAAGGUGAUAGAAAAAAGGCUGUUUUCAUGCAUGAUGAUCGCAGGUACUAAAAAAAAAAAAAACAUUCAAGAAUUGCAAGCUAUGCUAUUUUCUAAUUUCUAAGGACCAACAGGCUAAAAUACAGUUUUACACUUAAGCCCUCUUUCCACCAAGCGGUUCUUGUUGGUACGGCGCGCAUUUUGUGGUGUUUCCAUGACUAAAACCGGGACAGGUCCCCAAAUUACCGAGCCGUACCUUCCCACUUUAUGGUACCUUUUUGUUGGAGUGACAGAAAUACUGAUCCGACCCCAGAAGGUAGAGAUAGGAAAAACUGCAGUUCAUUGAUUGGUCGAAAGAAUCGUCACUUCCCGUGCGACGGCGGUAAUAAAGAACAACACAUAACCCCGCCAUGUUUAAAUCUCCAGUGGACUUCAGGAAGAUAACUUAUUUGGUUUGGAAAAUGGCGUCAAGAAACAGUGUUCCAUGGUCGACCGCAGGGGUGCAGUCUUUCCUCGUGUUUUUCUUCUUUGUUGCAUUUAUUAGCUGGGUACACUGUGUCGCGCUGCCAUGACGUCACGCUGUUACGUAGCUGACGCGGCUAUCGGCAUCCGGCUUACACGCCGCCCACCAAGUAGGGUACGGUUGGCUGUGGAAACGCAAACAGGAUCAGGUGUUACCGAUCCGACCCAUACCAAACUGUACUGAUCCAUACCAGACCACUUGGUGGAAACGAACCAUUAGAGUCCCCCUCAGAAAGACCUCCAUCAGUCGUGAUUAUCAGACUUUUCUUUGCAGAUGACAACAGCACUUUUUCAGUUUUGGUGCGACAUGCUAGAAUACUUUGCAGCUUUUUAAAGUACUCAUAUAAUUUGUUACAAGAGCAACUUUGGGGUUGAUUUACCACAUUAUGAGAAAUUGUCCUCCUUAAUUAAUUGAAUUUGACACCCCAGAGAACAAAAGCUGUGCAACAUCAGGACUUAAUUGUCCUCUAUAGUUGUGAGUCAUCAUUGAUUCCUCACUGAGCCUGAGCAUUGGUUUUUCAGCUCUUCUAUCGAAAUGUAGCAGUUUUGAUUUUCUUGAUUCAGCUUGUCAAACUCUUUGAUAUUUCCACACAAAGGGCAGUUUCAACCUCUCUUAAACUUCAGUAAAUCACCAGGAUGUGCUCUUUCUAUAGGUUUUUUUGUUCAGUCAGCUAAACCACUAAACAAAAAAUGGACCCCCCAAGCUACACUAUGCCCUCACUUUAUGUAAUGCUUUUAAAGAGCUUUAGAAACAAGUAGUUUCUCUGUAUUACAGCAACAUCUCCAGUUCCCAUUUGAGAACACAUCCUGCAGGACAGUAUCCUUCCUGUAAAUCAGAAGCAAUGUUUGUUAAGGUGACAGUUGUUAGUAGCUCUCUUAGCAGAAUGAAGCUGCCAUGUGUCCUUCUUCAGUCACGUCAUGAAACUAGGUCAUCGUUGAGCUUUCCUCAUUUCACAUAAGUGUGUUCAUGCCAUAGAGGUACUGUGUCUUGUCUGAAAUGUUGUGUACCUGAAGGAUCAAAUUAUAUUAAGCUAAUAGAUUGAUGCCAAAGUUUUGGGGUGCUUCAUUGUAAUGUUUUAGGAUUAGGUUUAAUGGUACCAUGCCUCGAGUGCCUCAACUGUGGAUCAGUUCAAGCCAAAGAAGCUAUGUUUGCCUUAAUGUUAUCGUCAUCCUUUAAGUCAUGUGAUGAUUCAAAGAGAAGUAAACCAAAAAGAAGCUGGAGGGGUGGGAUCUUUUAACUGGAUUUAUUCAGUGCAUCAAUAGGAAAAAGCUUAGCAGGAAUAAUUGUUGAGCUAUUUAGAAAGUAGCACUCAAAACAUGAGCUAUUACCUAUGAACUAUAGGUAUGUAUACCACAAAUAAGCAUGCUAUUAGCAUGUGUGGCUGAAGAAUACGUUACAUUUGAAUGAAUCCACAGCUCAUUUGAAAACUUGUCUUGGUUUUAUGUGUUUUUAUCAAGGUACAACACAUUUCUUCAAUUAUUUUUUCAACAUUUUCUACUUGUAUACAUCGUGUACUUUUUAUUAUCUUUGUAAGCUGUGCUUAUAUGACCAUUUUAGUUAUUUUGUUUUCCUCUGUGUCAAUGAACUGGCUUUCAUGUCUUGUGUGCUUUGUAUUUUUGGUAUGUUGCUUAUUUUUUGGCUCUGAAGCAAACCUACAGUAUGAGUACCUUUCCCCUCCUGUAAAGUUUACAUUGGCUCUGUAAUUGUCCUCUGUUGAUGUUAUUGUUUGUGUAACACUUGACUGUAUGACGCAGAGUGUAAUUAUAUGGCAUUGAUAGCUGAACAGGAAAUCUGUAACCUUCUUGUUCCCUCUUGUUACUAUUGCCCCUCAUAAAAAAAACAACCCAUACAGAAAGGAUUGUACAGUAUUACCACGAUACCACUGUUAAAACAACUGCAUAUACUUAAAACCAUAACAUUGUGUAAUAUGAAGUGGCAUUUUUUGAACUGACUGGCCCGUGCCUGUUUUUAUAGGCUCACAGUGCAUUUUUGUAAAGGAGGGCCUGAAAAGCUGCAAAAACAUUACCAACUGUAAGGUAUAUUUUCCUUUUGUGGCAACUUUUAUUUGUGUAUGGUCGUUGAAGUUAUGUUUCCUCAUUUACUUCUUUGGAAUAAAAAAGCAAUACAUGUA